AGACACUUCCGAGUGUUUCUGCUGCUUGUUAGAACCUCAGUUGUGGCGCAACGUCGGUUUUUUUCGCCCGUCACACCACAUUUUUGGUGUACUUUCAUACCCGUUUGCCGGCGAAUCUGAACAAAAAUGUAACGUGUGUAUUUCCUGCUCUCUUCAGACGAGGGAAUGAUCUGACAAAAGAAACUAAUCAUAUCUGUCUGUGGUCUGCUAGAAUUGAUGAGAUUUCACUAUCGUUGAAAAGUAAAUGACACUGGUUGCGCAAGUGUUUGUAGAUUAGUCACUAACUAUUGCUAAUGUUUUCGUAAACGCUUCAAAGUUUGCUCGCCGAUGUUUUCACCUGUAGCUUCUGUACAUGUACAGUGUAUGUGAAAGGACUUCAUUCAGGCUGACGUCAAACUGAAAUAAGAACCGCACGUUAUCCGAUGAUGACUACAUGUUCUCGUGUGACGAGGUUGAUAAACCAAUUUUUCGUGUGGUUCUUAGAAAAUUCGGCACGUAACUGAAACUAUCAAGUUCUGUUACUGUCUUCUGGUAACCACAUAUAUAUAUUUUUCGAAAAUCUAAGAUGUCAGUUCCGUAUGUGGGUGGUAUCAGCUUUUCUUACUAACUUGGCAUCCAAACUGCCUAGCUGUAGACGCACGUCGCUUGGUCGGACGGUUUAAGUCAACACAGCUGUAGCUGGCGGUUCCUUCUGUGUGAAACAUACUAAACACGUGACAUACGACCUCUACUGAGGAUAGAAAGUGUGAAAACAUGAGGCCCAACUGAAGAUCAACAGUCAUGAGGAAACGGGAAAGACGUUGGAUAGGAAGAUUCCCUUGGCACUGUUGUUGGUUGCUUCUGAUACUGUGGACAUCAGCAUCAGUGGGACAAGCAGGAUUUGUAAAUAUCAGUUACCCAGUCUUUGACAAUCAGAAUUUUUCUGGUGAAAAAUUCGAACACCUGGUCGUCAAUACUUACACUGGAUUUGUUUACGUAGGUGGAGUCAACAUGAUCUACCAAUUGACUCCCAAGCUAAUCUUGAAAAACACGGCCGUCAUGGGGCCGAAGGAGGAUAGCCCUAACUGUCCCGUGACCCGAGUGUGUUCUCAAGUGGAAAAGAAGCCCACGGACUACCACAACAAAGCCCUUGUUAUUGACUAUGAACAAAGUAGGUUAUUAGCUUGUGGAAGCCUUUUUCAAGGAGUAUGCACAGAACAUCACUUAGAGAACGUUACAAACUACGAGACUCCAGCCAAUGAGUCGGUGGUAGCAAACAACGGUACAGCAUCGACUGUAGUCUUCAUUGCUAAGGGACCGACAAAAACUUUCCGUAGAACGACCAAUGUUCUCUAUGUCGGUGUGACCUACACUGGAAAUGGACCUUACCGAUCAGAUGUACCAAUGGUCAGUAGUCGUAGUUUGGACACGGAAACAAUGUUCUCCAUCGCCGAAUCAAAAGUGACUACCGGGACUAAAGUGUCUGUAAACAGUCUUGCUAGAUCUAUCUACCCUAUCACCUAUAUAUACGGGUUUGAAAAUAAGGGUUUUUCGUACUUUGUAACCGUACAAAAGAAGUACACAGACAGGCCAUACCCGUUCCUAUCCAAACUUGUUCGAAUCUGUCAGAACGACCCACACUACUACUCGUACACCGAAAUCCCACUGGUCUGCCGCUCAAACGAUGCCACAGAUUAUAAUCUCGCCCAAGCUGCCUUCGUAGGCCAACCAGGCUCUGACUUAGCCGUUUCGUUAGGAAUCACCGCCCAGGAUAAGGUGCUCUUCGUAGUUUUUUCCAAAUCCAAAGACGAAGCAGACAUUUAUAACAAACCCUCCAUGAACUCGGCUCUAUGUGUGUAUGCUUUAUCUGCUGUCCACCGUAAGUUCAUCCAGAAUAUCCAGAACUGUUUCAAUGGUAAAGGAGAUAGAGGACUAGACUUUAUUAACCCUAGUCAACCGUGCCAACACACUCAAGUCCAGAUUAACGACGACUUUUGUGGAAUGGACGUAAAUACACCGCUAGGUGGAAACAUGCCUAUAGAGGGCGUGCCUGUACUCACGUAUUCAGGAGUUCUACUGACUGCUGUGGCAGCGACUUCUACCCAUGACUACACUGUUGCUUUUCUGGGGACAUCUAUGGGUCAUUUGAAGAAGGCCGUGGUCGAUUCUGUUACCAGUGCUUUUGAAUACUCUGAUACUGUGAUCGACGAAGGAUCACCGGUGAAUCAGGACUUGGCCUUUGACCAGAGCAAACACAACUUGUACGUCUUAACAGAGAGAAAGCUUACCAUGGUAAAAGUGCAGGAGUGCCAAAUGUAUAAUAACUGUCGCACGUGUCUUGGUGCCCAGGAUCCAUAUUGUGGCUGGUGCUCCUUAGAAAACAAAUGUAGCUUACGGAGUGACUGUGCUCAAGCUGCCGAAGAUCCUCUCUAUUGGCUGUCCUACAAAAGUGGCAAAUGCACAACUAUAACCAAUGUUAAUCCCCCUCAGAUACAACGCACAACUGCUCGUAUACUGACACUCGUAAUAGAUAAUUUGCCAGUGCUUGAGGGACAGUUUUUAUGUGCUUUCACGGCAUAUGGAAAAACACUGGUUACCAAUGCCACUCGUUCAGCUAAUGGGGUCAGCUGUGCCACACCUCACACAGACUCUCUGCCAACUAUUCCACUAGGAGAACAUCAUUUUACUGCUAAGCUUUCAGUGAGGAUGAAAACUGGGCCAGACUUUGUAGCAACAAACUUCACUUUUUAUGACUGCAGCACAUACAGUUCAUGUACAAAGUGUGUAUCCAGUCGCUUCCCUUGUGACUGGUGUGUGGGAGGUCAUCGAUGUACUCAUGACACAGGCGAGAACUGCCGUAAUGACAUUCUAGUCACUGGAAUAGCAAGUAUUGGCCCAAGUAUCAGAUCAGGACCUGGAUUUUGUCCUAUGAUUAAUAUUACAGCAGGGAGUUCUACUGAAAUUCUUGUACCAGCAGGCAUUGAAAAAGCCAUUCACGCACGAGUAGAAAAUACGCAGCCAUUUCUCCCAUCUACAAGAUUUGUUUGUCAGUUUAACAUUGAGGGGAGGGUCAAACAGGUGGAUGCCCAACUUUUGUCAGACACUAUCUAUUGUAGUGAAUUGAAUUUUACUUACAGUACUCAUGCUCCAAAUGUGUCGGCUUCAUUUGCUGUCAUCUGGGAAGGCAACAAGCCAUUGGACAAUCCAGAAAAUAUACAUGUAUUAGUAUAUCGAUGUCGAGGAAUGUCUAGCAACUGUGGAAUGUGUCUUGAGCUUCCCGAAAAAUUUCGAUGUGGUUGGUGUCAGAAGACCCAAUCUUGUCAGGUGAAAGAGCAGUGUGAAAACAACACCUUGUGGUUGGAUCGAAACCAGUCAUGCCCUAACCCAGUGAUCCACUCUAUCACUCCAACAUCUGGACCCAUAGAGGGUGGUACCAACAUCACAAUCAAUGGGAUCAACUUGGGGAGAGUAUUUGAAGAUAUAGUCAAUGGUGUAACAAUCAAAGUAUCUGACAAUAAACAUGGUCGAAUUGACAUUCCCUGCAAGCCUUUUCGUGAGCUGUAUGUGAAAACUACAAGAAUUGUAUGCGAGGUGGGAAGCCUUAAAGAAAGAACUUCCCACACAUCAAGCACGGCAUCCAUAAUAGGCCCUGUUGUUGUUAAAAUACUGAAUGAUCACACUGCUACUUCUUCUGCAACUUAUGAAUUUGUAAAUCCAGUGAUUAAUAAUAUCAACCCCAGUAAAGGACCCAAAUCUGGGGGUACUCAUCUGGAAAUCUGGGGAAUCCACAUGAAUGCAGGCAGCAGUGUAGAAGCCACUGUUGGUCCCCUCCAAUGUGAAAUUAUUAACCGAACAAAAAACUCUAUCCACUGUAUUACCCCAGCAUCAGAUAAAAUUGGGCAGAAGAAAGUAAGAGUAGAAUUUGACAAAGGUUUGCGCAGUUUUGAUGGAUACAAGUUUUUAUAUGUGGAUGACCCUACAGUGACUAGUGUGGAAGCAGGAUCUACAGGUCAGAAAGGUCCACGAGGUAUCCCCAGUGGAGGGAUUACCAUUAUGGUGAAAGGAAGUUUCCUAAAUAUUGUCCGAAAACCCCUGAUAUAUGUGGAAGUCAACGAUGAGCUAUAUACGGGCCACUGUGAUGCAAUUUCAGCAGAAACUAUGAGUUGUAAAAGUCCAGCAGUUCCCGUUGAGCAAUCAGAUUUCAUUAAUGGUGAUCCACAAGAGUUUCACUAUGGGUUUUUAAUGGACAAUGUCGAAUCUCUUAAAAAUCUGAGUUAUCGUCCAGGUUUUACCAGAUUUCAAAUUUUUCCUGAUCCAGAGUAUGAAAAAUUUUCUGAGAAGGAUAACAUCAAGUACUACAAAAGUGAUUACUUAACUAUUAAUGGCAAAAACUUAGACAGAGCUUCUCAGGACACUGAUGUGACAGUACGGAUUGGUUCAAGUUUUUGUAAUGUUACAUCUCUUUCUCGGUCCCAACUAACUUGUCGUCCUCCAACGUCUCAACCUCCAGAUCGUAAUGCAGAGGGAAAUCCUAAUCCUGAUAGCAUUCCACAAGUUAUUGUUGAAGUUGGAGAUAACUUGCAGUACUCCAUAGGAUGGUUGAGUUAUGAAGCACCUUCAGCUCAAGAUAGCUCCAUCUCCCAGAAACUGAUUAUUGGUGCCUUUGUAGGCGGGGUAGCCUUUCUGUUGGUGGUCAUUAUAGCAGUUAUCCUUUACAGGCGCAAGUCUAUGGAGAGCAGCCGUGUUCUUAAAAACAUGCAAGAACAGAUGGAUGUGUUAGAGUUGAGGGUUGCUAGUGAGUGUAAAGAAGCUUUUGCUGAACUGCAAACUGAAAUGACUGAUUUAACAAGUGACAUGACAGCAGGAGGAAUUCCCUUUCUUGACUACUGUACUUACUCAAUGAAAGUUCUGUUCCCUAACUCAGAGGACCAUCCAGUUCUCAAAGAAAUGAUUGUUGAUUCUGUAAAGAAAUCGAACAUUGAAAAAGGUCUCCGUCAGUUUGGUCAGUUGGUAAUGAACAAAACAUUCCUACUACUAUUCAUCCGAACUUUGGAAUCAAAUCGUUAUUUCUCUAUGAAAGACAGAGUGAAUGUGGCCUCUCUGAUCAUGGUAACACUCCAGGGAAAAAUGGAAUAUAGUACAGACAUAUUGAAAACCUUAUUAGCAGAUUUAAUUGAAAAAUGCAUUGAAGGGAAGAGUCAUCCAAAAUUACUAUUAAGAAGAACUGAAUCUGUAGCCGAGAAGAUGCUGUCCUCCUGGUUUACUUUUCUUCUUUAUAAAUUCCUUAAGGAGUGUGCAGGUGAGCCACUGUUUGUUCUGUACAGAGCUAUUAAACAACAAGUGGAUAAGGGGCCUGUUGAUGCUAUAACUAGCGAAGCCCGUUACUCUCUCUCGGAAGAAAAAUUGAUCCGACAGUCUGUGGAAUACAAGGGCAUGUCUGUAUUAGUGUCAAUGUCAUCACAGACGGGAUAUGUCACAGGGCUAGAACCACCAGGGGAAAACACUGAGACACCAGUGAGAGUUUUAGACUGUGAUACCAUCUCCCAAGUGAAGGAGAAGGCUUUAGAUGCUAUCUAUAGAAACACUCCAUUUUCUCAAAGACCAAUGAAAGAAAAUUUAGAUUUAGAAUGGAGAGCUGGCACGCAUGGUAGACUAACUUUAUCUGAUGAAGAUUCAACUUCAAGGCUUGAAGGGGAAUGGAGGCGCUUGAACACACUUAGUCAUUACAAGGUUCCAGAUGAGGCUUUCUUAACGUUAGUCCCUAGGCAGUCAUCAAUGUAUAACAUUUCAAUCAUGUCAGAUAAAAAUGAAAAGUCACACAAAUAUGAAACUCUAAACUUUCCACUGAAAACAAGCCCUCCUCUAAGUCGAGCUACUUCACCCCUGAACCAUGAUCCUGAGGCCAACUUUAGACCUUGGCAUCUGGUAAAGCAUCAUGAUGCUGAACCUAAAGAAGGGGAAAGAGGAAAUAAGAUGGUAUCUGAAAUCUACCUCACAAGACUUCUAGCGACUAAGGGCACGCUACAGAAAUUUGUGGAUGACCUCUUUGAAACAAUUUUUAGUACAGCUCACAGGGGGAGUGCACUACCUUUGGCUAUCAAAUAUAUGUUUGAUUUUCUGGAUGACCAAGCUGUCCAGCAUGAGAUUACAGACAAAGAAGUUGUUCAUACGUGGAAGUCAAACAGCCUACCCUUACGAUUUUGGGUGAAUCUCAUUAAAAACCCGAACUUUGUAUUUGAUAUCAAUAAAUCCAACAUUGUUGACUCUUGCCUAUCGGUGGUGGCACAAACAUUUAUGGAUGCUUGCUCUACCUCCGAUCAUCGAUUAGGGAAGGAUUCACCUAGUAGUAAGCUGUUGUAUGCGAAAGACAUUCCAGUCUACAAAGAUUGGGUUGAAAGAUAUUAUCAAGAUAUUAAAGAUAUGCCAGCCAUAAGUGACCAGGAUAUGAAUGCUAUGUUAGCAGAAGAAUCAAGGCAACAUGCCCACGAGUUUAACACAAAUGUUGCUCUUCAUCUUCUGUAUAGUUAUGCUGUGAAAUAUAAUGACCAGUUGAUGAUGGCAUUAGAAGAGGAUGAAUUUUCUCAGAAGAAUCGGCUAUCAUCAAAACUGGAACAAGUACAUGCUAUCAUGACAGGAGAGUCCGAAGCUUGACCUUUACCUAAUGGUCAUUAAACAUAACAUCAGACAGUUUUAGUGAAUAAGAGUGUCACAACAAACUGUGAUCAUCUUAGUUCUUCUGUGCCAUGUUCCAUUUCUGUUUUAACUAAAGCUGGCUUAAGUCUUGAAGGUGUCAAGAAUGUUGUUAAUUGAUAUUGCUGAAACCUUGAAGAUAUAGAGCAUGUUGUUAGUAUACAUACUAUUCUAAAAAAAAAAAGAUAAUGUCAGUCAGCACUUUAAAGACUUGUUAAAACUUUUACAAUUAAUCACAAAGACUGAUGAAUGGGAAAAGCUGUUAAAAACUGUGGUGCUCUUCACUGUAAAAGCUUAACCCAUAAGAUAUUUCCCUGGCUCAAUGCCCCCAGAGCUUUUCCUUCUUUUUCUGAACCCCCACAUGGGUUGCACAAAGGACGUGUGUGUGUUUAGCUUGUGCCUGUUGCGUUUGGAUCAUAGAAACCUACCAGUCAGUUUCAGUGCCUUUGUGAUUGGUCACACCCUGCCCACCCUAUCUGCUGUUGAUUGCUUUCAGCCCAAGUGGACUACAGUUUCAAUACAGCCACUAUCAUCAGUCGUCUUCCAGAGAUGCUCGCUUUGUCUUCUUCCUUAUGUCUUGGUAAAGUUUUUAGUGACACAGAAAUACUGACUGAUGGCUCUGCACAGUUCAGGAGCACAAUGAAUACUUGGGACAAAAGUUCAGCCAUAUCACAACACCUCCACAGUAUGUAUCUGUAAUGAUAUUGGAUCUAACAUGUAUGUCCUGUAGUUGUUGAGUUUCUCAAAUAAUGAAUUUGUGAAGAAAGUAAUGUACAUUCUGUUGUGUGUGUAUAUCCGAUUUUGUUUAUGUAAAAUAGAAUGACAUUGGCCAUGAGUGGCUAGUGUGCAGUGGAAUGAACUUUUUUUAAUUUCCAUCUACUGUGAUAAGUGUUGUACAAACAAGUUCUUGGCCACAGGAGCAGUAAUAAAUAUUGUAGCUUUUGUGAAUCACAAAAUCAUGUAUUGAAAAAUAAUUAUCAGUUGCCUUUAUGAACUACGGACGUGGUAAAAAUUGAUAUUAAAGUUAAUGAAAUUUGUUUCUGCUUAUCAACACAGUUCAUUUGUCAUCAUUUAAGAAAGGUUUUCUGUGUGCCUUUGUCGUUGAUCUUCACUGUCAGCAUACUACUAAUAACUUUCCACCAUAACAGUAUCGGUAGAUACACUGAUUCUUAUUAGCAGGAUUGUACUUAAAAUUGUGGAUAUUGUCUGUAACUGCACCAACAAGUUGUCCUGUUUCUUGGUGUAUUGGGAAGUGACACGGCGCUGUGGAAACUGUGGUUGUCAUGAAGACAUGGAGGUUGCUGCUGGGAAGCCUCACAUGCUUUAAAUUGCUAAAAAAGGAAAAAAAAACUGAAUUUUCAUUAAGUGUAGAUGUAUCAUGCAGGGAAUGUGGUGUCAACUCUCCUGAAAAGUUCCCCUUUAGUCAGACUUGCUUCCAAGUGGAAAAUAAGGCCAGAAACUAAAACUUAGUGUGUUUUAUUUUUAUUUUUAAUGAACUGUAUGAAUGUUUGUUUUUUAUUAUAAAGUAUGACUUGUGUAUCAGAAUUAGCUGCAAUGUGUGUGUUCAGAAAAAUAAAUUAAGAGAGAGAGAGAGAAAAGAAGGAAAGAUUAAUCAAGAACAUUGGAUAUUUCUGAACCUUAACCAAUUUCCACAUACUGAAGCAGGCUUUAGCUUCAGGGGAUUUUUUUGUGACCCUUCCCCCCCUCCCCUUUACUGGUGAGGUACAUCUGUUUUUGUACGACUUUAAAAACUGUAAAAUAUUUAUAAAAUAUUUUUAUUAUGGUAAUGGACUAGACAAUUCACUACCCUGCUCAAAUAAUUUCCUGCAUUAAAAUGGUGUCUGUAAAAAUAAAAAGCUGAAGCAUG